GUAGCAAUCCCUUCCACUUCUAUAUUCUUCCUAUUUGUUUCUCCCACUAGCUCUGAUAAUAUAAAUAGCUACCAUACAACAAAAGGCUUACAUAGUUCCACUCACAUAUCUACAUUGAUCAAGAUCAAUAAACCCGAAGAUUUAUAAAUCUCUACCAUAUUACAUACAUAUUAUUAUGUCUAGCCGAAGGUCACGUUCAUCAAGACAAACCGGAGCUUCCAUGAUCAGCGAAGACCAAAUCAACGAUCUUGUCCUCCAGCUUCAUCGUCUUCUCCCCGAACUUGGUAACAACAGCAGACGCUCUGGAAAGGUUUCAGCAUCGAAGGUAUUACAAGAGACGUGCACUUACAUAAGGAACUUGAACAAAGAAGUGGAUGAUCUUAGUGAAAGAUUAUCUCAACUUUUGGAAUCAACUGAUUCAGCUCAAGCUGCGCUUAUUCGAAGUUUGCUUAUGUAGUGUGCAAUAAAUCAAAGAGUUCUAGUUUAUUAAAAAAAAAAAAAUCCAAGAGUUCUAUUUCCAUAAACUGUCUUUCUGAGUUUUAAUUUCCGUCUCAUUGUAUUUUAUAGUGUUGAUCAUUAUGGCCUUU